GGGGAGUGGAGCCGGGCUGCGGGGAGAGGCCCCCGGGCCGAGAGCCGGCUGCGCAGCGCGUUCAGGACUGUCUAGCCGACGCAUGAGCCAGCAUGAACGUGGGGACGGCUCACAGCGAGGUGAACCCCAACACCCGGGUCAUGAACAGCCGGGGCAUCUGGCUCUCCUACGUGCUGGGGAUUGGCCUGCUGCAUGUGGUCCUCCUCAGCAUCCCCUUCUUCAGUGUCCCCGUGGUUUGGACUCUCACCAACAUCAUCCACAACAUGAGUAUGUACAUCUUCCUGCACACCGUGAAAGGAACGCCCUUUGAGACACCGGACCAGGGGAAAGCCCGGUUGCUCACGCACUGGGAGCAGAUGGACUAUGGGGUGCAGUUCACGGCAUCGCGCAAGUUCCUGACCAUCACGCCCAUCGUGCUGUAUUUCCUCACCAGUUUCUACACGAAAUAUGACCGGAUACACUUCAUAAUCAACACCAUCUCCCUGAUGAGCGUCUUGAUCCCCAAGCUGCCCCAGCUCCACGGAGUCCGGAUCUUUGGGAUCAACAAGUACUGAGCCCCCGGAUGAAUGAGAAAACAGGAAG